AUGUAUGUUAUUUCUAUCCUUUUCUCCCUCCUGCUUUUACGGAGGAGCCAAGAGCUUGUCAGUAAAGUCACCAUCUACUCCAAAGUCGUUUUCGAUGCGCUAUCGACCUUCGAGAAGGAUAGCAAAGCCAUCUACGAAAUACUACAAUCCACAGAGUCUCCCAAAGGCACCAACUUAAGUCGUUUUCGUCGGGUAAUAUAUCGCGAUGAUAUCGCAAGCAAGAUAGCAGAACAAGAUCGUAGGCUCGACACGACUAUAACUGCAUUUCAGUUAAAAUCGUCUAUCGUGCUUCGCUCUAAGUCCCCGCUGUCCACAAAUCCAGCCAGCAAAGUUCUCUACAAAGUGCCAAUUCCCUCUCGACGGCAGGUGCGCCUGCGAGGAAAGCCUCAAAUUGUGUUUGGGCGAACGCACGAGAUUGAUGCUAUUGUGGAAGCCCUGCAGCGAUCCUUUGCAUAUCAACAUGUCUGCAUCCUUGGCGCCGGAGGAAUGGGUAAAACAACCCUUGCACUUUCUGUGCUUCACGACGAACGCAUUGGCAACCUCUACGGUGAAAGGUUUUUUGUGUCCUGUGAAGCUGCCACAUCGCCAGAUCUGCUGCUCAGCGAAAUUGCGACGGUGUUAGAACUCUCGGAACAUGCGAAGGACGACGUCUUGCAAUGCAUCAAGGAUAGGCUAACUCGUGGUCCAGGAGGACAAAGAAUACUCCUCUGUCUGGAUAAUUUCGAAACACCUUGGGAUCCCUUGUCGACUCGAUCCGAGGUGGAAGGGCUUCUGACAGAGCUGGCCUCACCUUGGAAUGUGGCGAAUAGUAACAAUGCGGGGCUCCCAAUAUCCAAUGGGCACGCAAUGGCCAUUGCGGGCGAAGCAGAUCAGUUUGCAAUUAAACUCAUGAAGGCCGUGGACUGCGUCCCUUUGGCGGUUACUCUCAUUGCCAACCUUGCCGCGGUCGAUGGCGAGACCACGGAGGCGCUGUGGGGCCGUUGGGAGGAAGAGAGGACUGCGAUGGUUGAGAGCGGCCAGGAUCGGCUGGCAAGUCUAGACACCUCGGUACAGCUCUCGCUCAAUAGCCCUCGAAUGCAGCGCGAGCCAUGCGCGUUGCAAUUUUUGAGCGCCAUCUCGAUGUUACCCGAUGGAGUGUCCCCUGGUAUUCUUCGUGAAUGGGAGAAGGGUUUUCCAGGACUACCCUCCAUCAAGAAGGCAGUUUCUAUCCUCCGACAGAACGCUUUGGUUUACGAAGACAGCGAACAGAACCUUCGCGUUUUAAGCCCAAUACGAUUGUAUAUCUUGGGCCACUAUCCCCCUCCCACACAAUCACGACAAUUCAUCUGCGAUUACUACACUAAUUUAGCUCUGCAGGGCUCGCUCCAUCACGACCUAACAAUUGGCUCGCACCUACAGCGAGAGGUUGGGAAUGUAACUACUAUUUUAUUGGAUCUAUUGGAAUCAUCAAACCUCGAACAACUUCCAGACAUCAUCAAUGCGGUGGUCCAAUUUUGCCACUAUACGUAUACCACUGGGAAUGGGUCGACACAAGCUAUCACCCGAGCAGUUGAGAAGCUCAAGGAUAUUCAAGAAACCGAGAAGCUCAUGGUCGCCACGACAGUGCCACCUGCCUCUGUCAAGCAAGUGGGACAGAGAUGGUUCAGCUUGUUCAAGUGGAAGUCCGGCAAGAACACGCCUGUUGCGAAUCUGAUACAGAAAAGUGGACAAAUUCCCUCUUCAGCGACCAUGGAAAUGACAAUUAAAUUACGUGCCGAUUGCCUAGGGUGCUGGGGACAACUUCUGAGUCGUCGAUCUGAAUUCGGCCUCGCACAGGAGAAAUUCGAAGAGGCACAAAAGCUCCAUGUCGCUGCCGGGGAUCGGGCUGGUCAGGCAUACGACCUUCUGAAUAUGGGACUAUCUCUUUCUAGAGAUAAAGACAAGCUCCAGGCAGCGCUUGAGGCCCCGCAAGAAGCGACAAAGCUGCACGAGCAAAUAGGCGACCUCGCUGGGGAAGCAUAUGACCUCAUGGGUUUGGGACAUGUUCUCCGCAUGUUCGGAACGCGAGACGAAGAAGCAGCGUCUACAUUCUCCAGUGCCUCCAUUCUCUUCGAGGAUAUCGGUGACUACGCUGGGCAAGCUGCAGCCUCAAACGGUCUGGGGAAUAUAAUGCAAUCCAGGUCGAAAUUUGCAGAGGCAGAAAAGUACUUCAGGAAGGCGGUCGGAUUGAGUGAGGCUGCAAGAGACAUCAAGCUCAGUCGGCCAUCGAGAAGGCUCUUACACUCCGAGUGCCCAACGUCGAUCCGGACCAUCUCAAUUGCCUUCCACCGUGGCGAACGCCGUAAAGCCCUCGAUCUCAGCUAUGUGGCUUUCAAUCACGCACACGCCCGUGACGACCUCCUCGAAGCGACCAUCAAGCUCCUCGGUGCUGAGCUCUGCAUACGUGACCAUGCAUUUAGCCUUGCGCUGGUCCGUCUUGCCGAUGCAAAAGAGGUGUUCGAGCGGCUUGACUGUGCCCUUGGCAUGGCUCAGUGUCUGUAUCGUUGGGCAGCCUAUGACAUGCGCCAUGGCAACUUCAACGAGGCGAUGCAGAAGCUCGUCGACGCGUUGAAAAUUCACCAGGAAGUGGAUUCACUGCAAGGGCAGGCGGAUGACUUGAACAAAAUAUCUGAGGUUCUCGUCCACCAGUACCAGAUAUGGUACGCGUCUGCACCGUUAGGACUAUUUGAGGGGGAAGAUAACGAUCCUGCUUCCUUUUUGCGCAAGGCGGUCACUCUAAUUGCUGAAGCCCUUGCCUUGCACAUCCAGAUUGAUGAUAUACAAGGACAAGGGGAUGAUAUGUAUGUGCUCUCAGGCAUUUUCUUGCAACAGGAUAGAUUUUCGGAUGCGGAAAACGCAGUCAGGCAGGCGCUGGACAUGCACGAGCGGACCCAAGCCAUCUACGAGAGAGGACGGGACUUCGCGAGGUUGAGCGAUAUUUUGUGGCAAAAGUCUCGCAAGGCGGAGGGGUCAGAUGUGAAGUCGAGGGCGAAAGCAAAUGCUGGGGGUCUAGAGGAGGACCUGUUUGUUGUCCUUCGCCGUGCCACGGACAUAUUUUCCAAUAUCGAAGCUUGUGGAGAGUUCUUCGAGUGUCGGCAACAGAGGAGACAGAUGAGGGGCAAAGAGUUGAUUCCCGCUGAGGGUGUUAGGCUGCCGAUUUUUUACCUCUCGGACAGCGACAUAGAAGAAGACAGUGACGAAGACGACAAUGGAGACAACAACGAAGUCACGGAUGAUGAUGGCGAGCAAGAUGAUGAAUGCGACACAGCCAGCGACGGAGGAGAUGAAGAGGGGUAA